AUGGAGGCACUCCUCUCAGAAUUUCACAAGACUGAAACUGACAAAAAGUCCAUUGGGCGUAUGGUCACCCCAUCCGUCCCAUUAUCUCUUCCCCUCGAACUGACUCGUCACAAAAAAGGGACCACAACAUUAGCCAUGAUCAUUAAAGAAGGUAUUGUAGUAGCCGUUGAUUCUCGCGCGACGCGUGGCGCUUUCAUUUCUUCUCAAAGUGUUCAGAAGUACAUUCCAAUCACUUCGCACAUAGUUGGGACGAUGGCUGGUGGAGCAGCCGAUUGUUCGUAUUGGGAGCGUGAGUUGACUCGCCGGUGCCGACUUUUUGAAUUAAGGAAUCGCCCGCCCAUUUCCGUCGCUGCCGCAUCGAAGAUCUUUGCGAACAUUUUGUAUCACUACAAAAAUUAUGACCUUAGUGUGGGGUCGAUGAUUAGUGGGUUUGAUAAGACUGGGCCUCACAUUUAUUAUGUUGAGGAUGGUGGAGUACGUAUACCUGGGAAUAUCUUUUCUGUUGGUUCAGGGUCUCCAUUUGCAGUGUCAGUGAUUGACACUGAGUAUGACUAUAACAUGGGCAAGGAAAAAGCAAUUGAAUUAGCUCGAAGAGCUAUAUUCCACGCUACACAUCGAGAUGUUGCGUCGGGUGGGAAUGUCAAUGUACUUUUCAUCGACCAAAACGGAUGGAAGCUCAUUUCGAGAAACGACUGCUACGACUUGUACUACGACAGAUUUAAUAUUGAAGAGUACCAAAAGCAUAAGCCAAUGGACGAAGACUAA